AUGGAAAUGACUGGACCCACUUCUGCCGGACCGUUGGCCGGAAUGGUUGUUCUCGACCUUACCCAGAUUUUGGCCGGGCCCAUGUGCACUAUGGUCCUAGCCGAUAUGGGCGCGGACGUCAUUAAGAUAGAGAAGCCCCAGGGCGGGGAUGACAAUCGCAGGAUGGGGCCGCCGUUCGUCAAGGACUGGUCGGCAGGGUUCCUGGCAGUGAACCGUAACAAACGCAGCCUGGCGCUGGACCUUCGCAGCGAAGAAGGAAGAGGGGUCUUUCGGCGGCUGGUCGAAGAUGCCGACGCCGUGGUGGAAAACUUCCGGCCCGGCUCGUUUACUGCACAAUUUCGGGAUUCGGCAGCACAGGGCCGGCCCGCAACCGCGGGGGGUUCGACCUCGGUGGCCCAAGGCGUAAGCGGCCUGAUGAGCAUUACCGGCCACCCCGAUAUGCCGCCGGCCAAGGUGGGAGUGCCCAUCACCGACCUGACCGCCGGGUUGUAUGGCGCCAACGGAGUGAUGGCUGCCUACAUCCACGCGCUGAAAACUGGGCAGGGCCAGAUGGUUGAUACUUCGCUGAUGGAGGCGGGGGUUGCCUACACCGUUUGGGAGUCGUCGGUCUACUUUGCCGAGGGAGAGAUUCCGGGGCCGCUGGGGUCGGCGCACCGCGUGUCGGCGCCCUACCAGGCCCUGAGAACCAGAGACGGCUACCUGAACCUGGGCGCCGCGACGCAGCCUACCUGGGAGCAGCUCUGCCGUGCCAUCGGACGGGAGGACCUGAUGGACGACGACAGGUUCCGCAAUCCGUGGGAUCGCAAGGCAAGGGAGCGGGAGCUGGCCGACCUGCUGGAGGAGACCUUCUCUACCCAGGACACCGAGCAGUGGCUGGAACUGCUGGAUAAUGCCGGAGUGGUGGCAGGGCCGAUCUACAACAUGGAGCAGGUCUACCGGGAUCCGCAGGUUCUGGCCAGGGAGAUGCUGGUUGACACCGAGGAUCCGGAGCUGGGAACGAUACAUAACAUAGGUGUGCCGGUGAAGCUGUCGGCCACGCCAGGCAGGAUCAGGCGACGGGCGCCCGCCCUCGGCGAGCACUCAAGAGAGAUCCUGCUGGAGCAUGGCUUUUCGCAGGAAGAGGUGGACAAUCUGCUGGAGGACGGAGUAGUCCUCGGAAAUCAGGGCAGCGGCGUGAGGCGGUAG